AUGGAAAGCAGAGAGGAGAUGGUGAUGCUGGCGGAGGGAGGUCAGCUUGGCAAGAGCGGCUCUGCUAAUUUGUCGGAAGCCAUCGGGAACCCCGGGCGAGAGCCGCAGGGGAAGCCGAGCCACAGGAGCUGCCUGAGCCCCGGCGCUGCGCCCUACUCCCGGGACAGGAGCGAGCUGGCGGCGCAGGAGGAGAGCGCACGGAGGAAUAUGUGCGCCGCCGACGUGAGGCCAGUUGGCACAUCCUCCACCGGAGAGAGGCACCGGAAUGAUCACCGCCACAAAGACGGCAGCAGCUCGGACACCGAGUCGGACUUCUACGAGGAAAUCGAUGUGAGCUGCACGCCUGAGAGCAUGGACUACCCAACGGCGAAAGGUGCAAAUGGAGAUUCUCCGGGGCACCCGAGCGACCUUGGUGUUGACCCAGGUAAGAUCAUGCAAGGCCAGGGCUCUCUGUCCUACUCAGCAGACCAGAUUCGCCGGUACCGGACGGCGUUCACCCGGGAGCAGAUCGGGCGGCUGGAGAAGGAGUUUUACCGGGAGAACUACGUGUCCAGGCCGCGGAGAUGCGAACUGGCGGCCGCAUUAAAUCUGCCUGAAACCACCAUCAAGGUGUGGUUUCAGAACCGCAGGAUGAAAGACAAGCGCCAGCGUCUGGCCAUGACGUGGCCUCACCCCGCCGACCCGGCCUUCUACACAUACAUGAUGAGCCACGCGGCCGCCACCGGGAACCUGCCCUACCCCUUCCCAACCCACCUGCCGCUGCCUUACUACUCCCACCUGGGUGUCGGUGCUGGCUCGGCUCCGGCCGCCACUCAUUUCUCCAACCCACUGCGCUCCCUGGACAGCUUCCGGAUGCUGUCCCACCCAUACCAGAGGCCGGAGCUCCUGUGCGCCUUCAGACACCCCUCCCUGUACCCGGGGCCGACCCACGGCCUCGGUCCCGGGGGAACCCCAUGCUCCUGCCUGGCCUGUCACUCCAGUCAAUCCAACGGGAUCUCGACCAGGCCCCCUGGCUCGGACUUCGUCUGCUCCCCAACCAGCAGGACUGACGCUUUUGUCACUUUCACGCCCUCAGUGCUCAGCAAAUCUUCAUCUGUGACAUUAGACCAGAGGGAAGAAGUGUCCCUGACCAGAUAA